AUGAAUGUUUAUUAUUUAUUAAUAAUUAUUUAUUAUUUUGUAUAUUCUUUUAUUGUUUGUGAUCAAUCAUGUUCACGUGAAAACAGCCGAAUUGUUCGUGAUUAUUUUAUAGAAGCAAUUUAUCCAAUCUAUGAAAAAAAUCAUCUAUCUAUUCCAUAUGAAUGUAUUUUUUCACCAAAUCGUGAUAUUUUUUAUCAGCAAGAAUUAAAUAAAGCUAAAAUCUCAAAUACGCAAUGGUUAUGUAAAUAUUGUAAUAAAACAUUUUAUUCAGAAUAUCAUCUUGAUAAACACCUAUCGAAUCGACAUAAUGAUACAUUAAUUCAAAAUGAACAAUCUGUAUGUUUAGCGGAUUAUUGUUUAAUUUUUCGAUGUGAUGUAUUAAAACAAACAAAAAAAUCAAUUCGAUCUGUAAAUCCAUUAGCACGCGGGCCAGAUAUAGUCAUAAGAAAAUCAAAGCAAUUUAUUAAUGAACAACAAUUAACUAUUCUAAGAAGUCGAUGUGCAUCUGUUAUUAACGAAUGUGUUCCACAUAAUAUUCAUCAUGAUAAUCGAGUUAAUAUUCAACAUGAAAUGUAUGCAGAAGUUUGUGCUUAUUUGACAACUAAUAGAUAUUUGGAAUUACCAAAUUAUUUCAAAUCUUUGAUUAGUUUUACAACUAUUCUUAGUGCUGCAAUAUUUAUUUUUCUAUGUCUUAUUGGUAUUGGAAUUCUAAGACGUGCCGAUUGGAAAUUCAAUGACGAGGAAGAUGAAUCUGAAAAACAUCUAUCUGAUGAAACAAUAUCAACAGCAACUGCUUUAUUAUCAAAAACACCAGCCAGUGGAAUAAUUCAUUCGUCAAAAAGUCCACCAUCUACUAUCCGUCAUCGUGUUCGUUUUAAAUCUCUAGACUAA